GGCGCCGGGAGAGAGGGAGGUCCCCAGCGAGCUGUUAGUGUUUUUAAAUCGGGCGGAGCUGAGUGAGACCUGGAGCAAGUUGGCGAUGAAAAGACGCGCCUGAUGGUCAGCUGAACUUGUGAGAAGUGACUUUAUUGUUGAAGGUGCAGAACGUAGCUCGCUUAUGACUAUCAGCAAAGUUGAUGAUGUCAAAAUCUUCUGUCAGCAGAAAGGUUGUUUCUGCGAAGGUGACAAACUGGGUGAGUCCGUCUUUUGAUGGUAUCAGCAACUCUACCUUACCAUUGACUGCAGACAAAAAACCAUCUAGCAAUUCAGGGUCAAGUAGUGGAGUUCAGAAAAUUCUUUGGACAGAAAGAGACAAAACAUUGCAGUCCUUCAUCUUAAACAACGCAAAGAGCCAAAAAAGAGCAAAAGUAUCUGAUGUGGAGCAGAUUUUUGAUCGCUGUAGACAAAACUCAUCUUCAAAUCCUAAUGAACCCUGGGUGGAUGAAUAUAGGCCUCAGACACAGAGUGAACUUGCAGUUCACAAGAAGAAAAUUGAAGAGGUUGAAAAUUGGCUAAAAGCCCACACAAUAGAGAGACAUCACCACCAGGGUGGUUCCAUCUUAUUACUAACUGGUGCUGCUGGCACUGGCAAGACUGCUACAAUACAAGUUCUUGUAAGGGAGCUGGGAAUUCAGCUACUGGAAUGGACAAACCCUUUAUCAGAGAACAAAUUUAAAAACCGUGAUGAAUUUAAAGACUACUUUAAUCCUGAACCAAGUUUUCAGGUAUACGUCAGCAAGUCACAGUCUAUACUAUUUCAAGAAUUUUUAUUACGAGCCAACAAAUACAAAAAGCUCCAGAUGAUGGGAGAUGGACUGGAGACAGACAAAAAACUGAUUCUUGUGGAAGAUAUUCCUAAUCAGUUUUAUAGAGAACCUUCAUGCAUGCAUGAUAUCUUGCGGCGGUUUCAGCAGACAGCAAGAUGUCCACUGGUGUUCAUAAUUUCUGACAGUGCAAGUGGGGACAGCGGCCACCGGUUACUCUUCCCUAAGGAUAUCCAGGAGGAAUUGGGUGUCUUUAAUAUCAGUUUUAAUCCUGUGGCUCCCACAAGCAUGUUGAAAGUUCUAAGUAGAAUAGCUUCUCAAGAGGCCAGUAAGAAUGAUGGGAAGACUAUUGUUCCUGACAAGACUGUGUUGGAGUUGCUCUGUAAAGGCAGUGCAGGAGAUAUCAGAACUGCAAUAAACAGCCUCCAGUUUACUUCAGUGAAAGGUUGCUCAUUGGAACAAAAUCAGACACAGAGCCAUAAAGGAAAAACGUUAGUCAAGGUGGGCACGUCUUCAAGAAGAAAAUAUAAAGAGAAAUCUUCAAAGGCAAAUGAAAAGGGAGGUGGCCUGGCCACCAUUGGAAGCAAGGACCAAUCUCUCUUCCUGUUUCGAGCUCUGGGAAAAAUAAUUUAUUGUAAACGAGAGCUACCUAAUGACUUGGAUUUGAAUCCAUUACCAAUCCAUUUAUCUGAGCAUGAGAGGGAUCCACUUCUGGUCAAUCCUGAGGAGGUGAUUGAGAAUUCACAUAUGUCUGAGGAAUUGUUCAAUCUUUAUCUUCACCAAAAUUAUCUUGAUUUCUUCAGUGACAUAGAGGAUAUUGUACGGGCUAGUGAAUAUCUAAGUGAUGCAGACUUCUUAACAGUAGAUUGGAAUCAUCGUUCAACUAUGCAGAAAUAUAGUGCAUCUGUGGCUGCACGAGGAUUAAUUCAUGCUAACAAAGCUCGAGCUCGGGCUAAUUGUAAAGGAGGAGCUGGUUUCAAACCUUUACACAAACCACAGUGGCUGUCAAUAAGUAAAAAGUAUAAAGAAAACUGUCUUGCAGCCAAAGGAUUUUUUUCACAUUUCUGUAUGGCCCCACUUUGCCUUCAGACUCAGCUAUUGCCAUAUCUUGCUCUGCUGACAAACCCCAUGAGAAGCCAAGCCCAAAUUAAUUUUAUCCAAGAUGUGGGAAGGUUUCCUUUCAAAAGAUAUUCUACUAGGUUAACGUUGGAAACUUUAACAGAUAAGGAUCCAGGUGUUCUGGAGUUAGAUAAUGAAGAAGAAUGUUCCCAGUCUCAGCUGUUAACACGUGACCAGGCAACAGCAACAUCAGAGACCCAGACAUUGUGUUCAACCAGCACUGCAAGCUUGUCUGGUGGAGACCUACCAAGUAGCCAACCACAACCGACCAUAACCCAAUCCUCUCUAGAAGAGGAGGAAUUAGUAAUCGAGGAAUAUGAUAGUGACUAAAGUGGAAAUUCUAUUCUGGUCUAAGUUAAGAGUCUAUAAAUAUUUAUUUUUUUAGAUUACUACAAAUCUGGUUAAGUAGUGGAUACAAAACAUUUUUCAUUAAUGAGUGUUGCUGGAACCACAGUAACUAGGAACAGUUUUUGAAAUUCUGUAUGUGUGAAAUUAAUGUUUGCCUGAGCACAGCCAGAGCUGUGGAACCAUUGGACAUCGUUCUAUAUCUCCAUUACUUAGCACACUAAGAUCUACUGAGACUUUGCAGAUUCUCAAAACCUAUUGGAAUCGUUUAUUUCAGUUAUUAUACCAAAGGAAUCUAUUUGUUAAGCAAGCUGUGUACAGAAAUUGAUUUUGACCAUAUAGUUUUGCUAAACGUUCACAGGUAUGCAAAAUAUUUUUUCUUAAUUUCAUCUUCAUUGAUGUCAAACAUAAUUUUGGCCUUAAUUUUACUGAGCCUGUUUACCAACAGUGCUCUGUAUUAAAGGUUUAUAGACUGUUUUUCAAAAAAUUCAAACCUAGAAGUGAAGAUGAAGUUACUGAAACAAAAUAUAAAUUAUAUUUAUACUUGACAAUGUUUUUGGUAAACAAAAGGCCAUAAACCCAUUGUACAGCAAUCUGAGCCUAAAAACACUGAAUUAUUUAUGCUGUAAUAUGAUGUACACUUUACCAUUUUAUUAGUUGUAGAAUUCACAAUAUUAGAGGUUCAUGGUACAUUGGGUUGCUCCAUUUUUAUAACUACGUUAUAAUUGAACACAAUAUUUGGUUUACUUUUAUUUUCUGUUUGUAAUAAACAAUUCUAAUUGCCUCGCA